AUGCCAUGUCUCUGCCCGCAGUCGGCACCCUCUUACACGGCGCUCUGGGUCACCGACGACAUACUCGCUGCAGMCUGGAGACGCUUCACACACAUCUACAACAGCCCUCAUGGCCAACUACAUCGCAUUGAUGGCGGUAGGCGACAUGGUAGCAACGUGCCCGGUCCGUUGGAAUUCCGCCGUCGUCUGGCGAGGAGGCGCAUGGGUCUAGCGUCAUAUCAGCAACCUCCCAAUGGUGGUGGAGCAGACUUUGGCGCGUUAUUUGGAUUCGGCACGCGGAGCGCGGAUAGGCAAGAUGUGGAGAAAGGCUGGUCAUGGCAGGCGCCAAGGUCACAGCAGGCAGACACUGUCGUUGGGCCCAAGGAGAAGAGUGCGUGGAGAUAUGGAUGGCCUGGUGGUAAGCCCAAGAGGAAAGCCCAAGAACAAGAACAAGACGCAUGGGAGAGGUUGCUUGAUUUACCUGGCGACAAAGAUGCGGUCGAGGGUGGAGGUCUCAACAGCGGCAAGAUAGGGAAUGUGCCUGUGGAUCCUGUGGUUGUAAGUCGCAACGCCUUUGGGGAUCUGUUGGCCAAGUUGGACAGCUAUGAGCCGCUGAGUGCGGAGAAUCUGGCCGAUGUGGUUACAUUUUUACAAUCCUCGGCCGACGAGUUCGACGCGAAGAACACCUCUCGACUGUUGACCUGGCUUGGAACGACAAGAUUGGAGGCAAGAGAGAUCCGGGAUCUUGUCGUGGACAUGAUCGUCAACAAGAUCCAUCUUGGUACUCUUCCCAUGGACGAAUGCGCCCAUGCGCUCAAGAUGUUGACGCGUGCUUUGCAAUCCGCCUCGCCUGACUUCAAUUCAACACAUCACCUGCUGCGAGCACUCUCGGUCAAGGAUAUGCUCGUAAAGACUUGUGCAACAACAACCCGGCUGAUGGUGGAUGAGAGCCCGGAUCACUCCCAGCUUGCUCCUAUCAUCGAUAUGUGGCUGAGUUGUCUGCAUCAUUUUGAAGAGAAUGAGGGAUCGAUAUCAUUUGAUGUGGUCUGGCUUGGUGUGUACGAGCAGCUCUCGCUAAAAGACCCGCGUCUCCAGGUUGCUGUGCUGCACAAGCAUCUCUCCGCACACGAUCCCGUGUUCCUUACCGACAUACUCAUGCACUGUUGGGUCCCUCACUUCAUCACAGCCGCGGUCGAGGCGCGGGACCGCAGGCGUCGGGAGAAGAGGUCCCUCGGCCCUGGUCCGCCCACCCAUACCAUGCUCCUCUCAACUCUUUGGAAGACUGAUCCUUCGCCACGCAAGAAUCAAUACUCCCCUUACUCUCCUCUCGGGAUCAAGGCGCGGAACCGCAGGCAUCGGGGGAAGAGGUCCCUCGACCCUGAUCUGCCCRCCCACACCAUGCUCCUCUCAACUCCUUGGAAGAUUGAUCCUUCGCCACGCAAGAAUAAUUACUCUCCUUACUCUCCUCUCGUGAUCAAGGCGCGGAACCGCAGGCAUCGGGAGAAGAGCUCCCUUGACCCUGAUCUGCCCACCCACACCAUGCUCCUCUCAACUCCUUGGAAGACUGAUCCUUCGCUACGCAAGGAUCUAUUAUGUCCUUACUACCCCCUCGUGGAUCUGAUCGGCCAUCUCGCAAAGCACCGAAUUCCGUACGAAACGCUUGCUCGACGAAUAUUCGCCAUUCUCUCCUUUCGUUCUCUGCCCAAGAGCGAUAAGCACCUUUUCAGAGCCUAUCUGAGGCUGUGGCGUCACUCCGACCUCAGACCCACCGCUUGGCUUGGAGAAGAGUUGAUCCACCACUUCGUCGCGAGAAAGGCACUCCACUACGCCCUGUACGUUUUCCGCAGCAUACCUAAACUAUCACUGAGCCGCGUGCACGACCUACCCAUCGCAAUCGCGGAUGACAGCAGUAAGAUAAGUUCCUCUGCGAUCUGGUUUGUGCUCAAUCGCGUCACACAAACAGACCGCACACCUCGACCACGGCUGGGCUCAGCACGCCAGCCGCUGAUAUUGCCACCCACGCACAUCGAUCUAGUACAUCGUGUAGCGUUUGCGUUUGCUAAACAGGAGCAGCUCCGACCUCGGGUUGCUUUUAGACGAGUGUGGGAAUGCUACCGGUUCCUGAAAGAUCGCUCCGCUCCGGUGGAGAGCCUUAUAUCCAGGGCGAUGGUCACUGCAGGUGUCAUUCGGCCGCUAAAGAUGCGUCGGCGGAUCCCAACGCAAGUACUGAGAUACACAUUGCAGGCUGUGGCGUCUGUGGAGGGGCAAGAUGUUGCAAAUCAGCUUGACCAGAAGGUCUUGGAGAUAUGGGAGAGGGCGGUAUUGCCCGAGAUACUGAAAGCUAAGAGGUCAGGGGAUGAGGAGGUCCCCAUAGCACAGAAGGCUGACCGGUGGAGGACUAUCGUCUGGGCAAGGAGGAGACGAGGGAGGAACAAGGGGGUUUACCCUCGGCCGAGUAUUGAACUCGAGGAGCACAAGGUGAUGGAGGGGAGCUAUAAGCCUUUCGUGUUCGGGGAUGCCAAAGGGGAUGUCUCAAUGUCUUCACCAAGAGCUGGAGCGGACUUUGAGGCUGCUACCGGGUUAUCCACGGCACGGAAAGACUAUCCGGACGACCUUGCGUUGCCGAAUGACGAAAUAGUCGUUGGCCAGGAAGCGGCAUUGAUCCCCUCACGCGAUGAGGAGGUAGGGGCCUUGCUGCAGCCUGCGGUCGCCACAGUCAGACGUGGCUUGGGAUACAGCACCCACACUUUGGGGACGCAUGAUGAUUCAGGGGCGAAAGCGAUGAAGCUCAGCUCCGGCAGACUAAUCGGAGAGCUGCCCGCUGCUUGCAUACUAAACAAGUCUCCGGACACUACACCGUCACCAUCUUCCAUGGCUAGUGAGCGAUAUUACAAACGCAAAGAACGUGUUGCAAGCUUGGAAUACUCCCACGGCCUCGGAGAACACCUUGAUACUCCACCCCAAUCCAACUUCGGAACCCAACCCAACCGUGACGGACUUUCUACUGUAGCAGAGCUGUCAGAGCAAGCGAAAGGGAAGGAUCAAUGCCCAUCUCCCUCUCCAGCAAUGACAAUCGCAGACCCGUUCCCCAYCUGGUGGCGUGGGAAGCCUCGUCAAAUGAAGGAGGCCAACUUCAUUUUCCGCAGGUUGAGCAAAGAGCACUCUAGGCGUGGCCCCACAGAGUCCGAAAUGGCAUUCAUGCAAAGCUAUCAUGCGGCGCUGGAUCCCGUCUUUGAUAAUGGGAGGCCGAUUACUGGGCAGCCGGCAUAUGAGUUUCCAUUGCAGUGGGGAGAUAUUAUGAUAUCUAAGGAUUUGUGUUUCAGUGUGCGGAAGUAUGUCACUGGGCGCGCUGAGACUUCUGGGAGGGAAUUGGAUGAGCGGGAGAGGCUUUUCGUAAAGACGGUGAAUCGUGCGAGGGUCGCGCUGAUAGCUAAGCGGAGGGAAGAGGGGAAGGCCGGAGUCGACGAUGCUGGGAAACUUCCUCCGCCGACAUGA